AUGGGGGUCUCAUACUCCAAGCUUUGUCCAGGAAUCCUGCUGCAGGGCUUUCCGUUAAUCCAGUGGCUUUCUUUCUGGUCAGCAUCACAUUUGGUGCCUAAGGGACUCUCAAACCGGCGUGAACAGGCCAGCCUAACAGGACAGCGUCUGGCACUUCUUGCAAGUGAAGGGAAUAACUUUAGCUGCAUUAUUUAUUCGUCAUUGACCAGAUCCACAGAAACUGCUGAUAUCAUCAGUCAGAAUUUACCAGAUAUUAAAAUGUGCAGCUCCAGUCUGCUUCACGAAGGACCUCCAAUCCGACCAGUUCCUGCGGAAUCCAAGUGGAUACCAGAUCUUUCUUAUUUUAAAGAUGGCCCACGCAUUGAGGCUGCAUUCAGGAAGUACAUCCUCCGUGCAGAUCCAGAACAAACAAAAGACAGUUAUGAAAUAAUAGUCUGCCAUGAUAAUGUGAUCCGCUACUUUGUAUGCAGGGCACUACAACUCCCACUGGAAGCUUGGCUCCGACUGCCUCUCUAUCAUGGUAGUAUUACAAAGCUGGUGAUAAAACCUGAUGAUGUGUCACUGAAGAUGCUUGGUGAGGCUGGCUUUAUGCCCCCGGGGAAAACUCAUGGGAGCUUAGCUCUGAGCUGGAUGUCCUCCUAGAGACACACAAGUUACCAUGACUCCCUUACCUUUCUGUUUAAUAUACACUCUCCAGUUGAAGCAGUCUUUCAAUGCAUAUAUUGCACACAGCAUGGGUGGACCAAAUGAUAGUAUAAUUUUUUCUCAUCCCUGCACUAAGAUGAAGGUUCUAGUUUCUGAAUAUGCAGCACCAUGUUCUGAGUUACAAUGCCUUGUGUUCACCAAAUGGCUUUACAACUCAAGCUUGGCACCUCCUAUUGCUCACCUGUACGACAUUGCAGACCCUGUAGCUAUAGCUUGUCUGCCUAGUCCAAAUGGCUUCUUGCAAAACAAAGUACAGUUGAAAGAAGUUACCUGGCUUGGUUAGUGUAAAUACUGUAUCUUAAAUAUAAGGGGCAGUUAUAAUAAAACAAUGUAACAACCCAUUUGUAUGCAUGUUGA